GGGGUAGAAUAUAGGAGACUAGUUUCGUUCUAGUGCUGGAGUUUAUAUGUUCAGUGAAAUAUAUUUAUAAGCUAUGUAUGUGCUUAUUUAAUUCUUAAAGAUGAAGAGAUCAGUUCUCGUUGGUAGAAGUUACAAAGAGAAAGAAUCAGCGGAACCCGUCAUUAAAAAGUUGACGAAGACAACAUUCGAUGAACCGACGACAGGAACCUUCAAUUUCGCAGACACCUUUAACUUACGACGGGAAAAGAAGUGGAAACCAGAGAUUGAAUCAACGGUUAAGCCAAAACUAGGCGCUUCGACGAACCCAGGAAUAGGCGCUACAUCAAAGCUUGAAAUUGGAGUUAAGUCAAAAAGAGAAAUUGGCGCUACGUCUAAAACAGAAGUUGGAGCCGAUGCCUUUUCAGGCACUUACAUUGAUCUUGACGAAAUCAACGUACCAGAGAGAGCACAUGGUGGGCUACGAGAUUCUUUGGACAGAGGUGUUACACUAAGGGAUUCAUCUGACCGACUUAAACGCACUAGGAAGAACUUGGAUGCCGCAGAAACUACGAGUGUCUCGAGCAGUUGUAUUGAGCUUCAACAGGUUGAAGCGAAAGGACAGCGAACUUCCUUCGUCAGUAUUAAGGACUAUCCGGCAUCUCUCGCAGGAUCUUCCGUUGACACCACCUUCCAACCGGGAGUAACAAUGGCUUCGGCGUUCGAGUUGCGACAAACCGGAGUUCCAACGAGGGGACAUGAGAGACCAGAAAUGACGUCAACAGCCGCCAUCGGAAGGAGAUCCCCAAUCGCUGUGAUCCCUGACCGGACGCUGCAGCUUACACCAAACUCGGUGGCGUCAAAAUCAGCUCGUUUGGUCGGUGGGAGAAAUAUAGAUCCCAACAAUUUUGGCAAUCAACUGAAUCAAACAAUGCGGCAAGAAAUGAUACGAAGUGCAGAAGAGGCCACUCCUCAACAUGGUGACGUGGUAUUGCAAUCAACAUGGACCGAUAACCGAAGAACAGAAUCUACAAACCCAGAGAAACAGAGAUGUAUGCCGUUAAAAUGUCUCACGUUUUGGGUGGUCUGUAUGAUGCUUGUUGCUGGCAUAGCGGCCGUUUCAAUAGUAUUUAAAAGAGGCUCUUCAGGCGGGUUAGGCUCAGUUGUUCCUGACCCUGUCGGGUACGACGAAUGUCCACCAAGUUCUAUCCGCCUGGGGAAGACCCUGAAUUUCACUUGCACAAUUGAUACGAGUCAUGCACUACGGAAGGAUAUCAAGGACGUCACCAUGAUAGAGCUAACAGAUCCAAAGGGCGAAAAGGUGAAAGUGGAGUUCACCUUCAGUUAUAAUGGAUACAUUCGUACGUUGUACGUGGUGUCCGGACCUAACAUGACGUGCAGUAGCCAGGGCAAUUACACACUGUACUUCAAAAAUAAUGGCACACUCGUCCAUCAGGAUAAUGUUAUCAUCCGUAUUAAAGAAAGCAUCAUAAGUACCCGAACUGUUCAGACGAUGGUUAAUCCGGUGACAUACUUUAACUGCACCGGCGAGAGAACCAAGUUCGAUUUUACAUGUGCCCUCGAAGGAGACUGUGGCAAUUACCAAGUAGACGUAUUUGCCUCUGUCUACGGCGGGGAAAAAAGUUUCAAUCACAAAAUGACGUGCUCAAACACACAUAAUGCAAUCAAUGGCACAAGGACAGUGUGUAACACAACCUUUACUGAAGCGGAGGUUACAACCCACGCUACAUUAGGGUGUAGGUUUAGAGACACCACCACUCAAUACACGCACACUGGGUACCUGCAACUGCCGACAUGCGAGCGAUAUGAGAAUUGUUCCCAGCUUACAUCCAGGUGGUAUGUCAACUGCACAAAAGACUCGGACCAUCUCGGUCUCAUUCACAAUGGCGAUUGCAGCAAUGACCAUAUCCGUCGAUGCUUCCCAUCCGGCCGACCGCUAUUCAGAUACGAGAAGGUCCCAUUCUAUGACGACAAGUAUGACUGUGGCCCCAUGGCGUCGACAGUGCCCGUGUGUCGUCUGGGAUGGUGCAAAGAAUAUACUCGGAUUGUGAAAGAUGAUAGUCCAGGGGAACUGCUGUGUAGUUCCACAUUCGAUGAAAAGAAAGCAGACAUAAACACACUGACGACUGCACCGUCAACAACGUCACCGACGUCAACGUCACCGGCGUCAACAUCUUAACCGGAAACUACUGCCACCCUUUCAACAGCGACGUCAACAUCUAAACCGAAAACUACUGCCACCCUUUAAACAGCGACGUCAACAUUUAAACCGGAAACUACUGCCACCCUUCCAACAGCGACGUCAACAUCGUAAACGAAAACUACUGCCUCCCUAUCGACGACUAUGCCAACCACUUUACCGGAAACUACGGCACAACCGUCAACGACGCAAAAUCCUUUAUCGGCAAUUUCGAAAUAUCUCCUUAAAUCACGAAGAACUUUACCAACAGCAACAACAUUAAACACAAUAUCUGCAAAUUGUGUGGCCACAGACAAAUAUUUAAUCGGAAACGCGUGUACUCCCAAAACACGUUCAAACCCAUCAUUAAACAUGAUCGUUUCUCUAGAAACGACAUCAAAACCAAAACUAUAAACAAAUGUACCUACAGGAACGACGAAUCAUCCUUAACGUUCAAAACUACUGUUCAUUAAUCAACGGCGUCAAACUCAUAAUCGAAAAUUACUGUACCCAGACACCGCCUUAAAAGCGUUAAACGUAGAAUAUUGAAGCUCAAUCAACGACGGUAAACCUUGAUAGGAAACUCACUGACCCAUGGCAGCAACUUUCAUUCUUAAAUCUGAAAUUCCGAAAAUAAUGGAAGCCCAUCAAUGGUAUUUACUUUAAUGCAUAUUAUGACAUCAUAUGCGAUAUCAAUGACAUAUAAAUCUAAACCGGACGCCACUGCAACACUGAUAACUUUAUGGUUAUUUCGGAUAAUAAGUGACUUAUUGUUUAAUUAGAAAAUCUAAAACAGUAAAUAUUCGUGGUAAUUGUUUUGAAGCCAAUACGUGUUCUUCCAUCAUGUUCGUGGCGGAAAGUUUCAUGUAAUGUUAUGUUUUUGUUUAUCAUAUAAAUAUAUUGAUGUUUAUAUCGCGCUAUUAAGCUUUCUAUGACGAAUAACUGACUUAAUUUAUGCAAUUAUUAGUAGAGAAUGUUAAUUUCAGAGAGGGAUGUGUUUUAUUGUCUCUGUGAUCCGUGUGUAUGCCUACUAGUUUUCGAAAUCUACUUUUUUCAUGUACUUGAUAUAACUGUUCCGAAUAAAAUUGUGUUUGAUCA